AUGGCCGGAAACAUCUGCGGUAACAUCUGCGCCUAUUUGGUUUUGCGAUUCAUCGGCCUGAGUCCCGUAACCCACAUUUGGAACGGAUCGAUCAGCAUCAUGUAUCUAACCCUCGCCUUCUUCGUGCUUCUGGGCGCGAUUCUGCUUUGUUUCCUGCCUCCGACGCUCUCUGAACUCUCCGAACUCUCCGAAUCCAACGAUCACGAGGCGCUUCUCCCCAAAUCGGACGAGUCCGUGAGCGUUCUCGAAGGAAUGAAGAACUGCUACUAUCUUCUGACCACGCCCAAGUUCCUCCUCAUGUUCUUCACGCUCUUCUCGAAUGGAUACAUCGCCAUGUUCGUCCCCACGCAGAUGAAUCGCCAAGUGACCGACAGCGUCAUCGUGGGCAUUUACAUGAGUCUCUACGCCUUCUCUGAGAUCAUCUACAGCAAAAUCGGUGCGUACAUCAACGAUCGUUUUGGCGCCUAUUACGUCAUCAUUAUCGGCUCCGUUUCGCAGAUCCUCGGCCAGAUCCUCAUGAUUCUCAACGACCACUCGCAGCAAGUCUGGGUCUAUUGCAUCGCCUAUCUCUUCCACGGCGGAGCCGACGCUUGUUUCCAAACCCAGGCCCUCGCUCUCACGCUCUACUACUUCCCAGGCAUCUCGGUUACUGCAAACUCCUGCUUCCGAUUGAUUCAAUUCGUGUCGGGAGCCGUGUGCAGCAUGACCACGCCGCUGUAUCUGAGCGGAGAGACGGUCAGCUGGACGGGGUUCAUGAUGGAGAACGUGGUGAUGUGGACGCUGCUGGGUCUUUCGUUUGUGUGCUUAACGGUGUUCGUGAGGAGGUACAAGACGGAGAUCGAGAUGGAUGAUGUGGGAGUUGGGAUGGGACGUGAGGCGUAG